AUGGUGUCUUCGCCCUACCGCUCCUCCCACAGCGGCAGAGACAACCAACCAGGCCCCAGCAAACACGCAAAACCAUCCGCAUCGAAAAGCAGAACACCUUGGCCUCUCGACACGUUCUGGUCCAGCUCGAGCAGGAAAGUUGCCUCCCAGACCAAGUCACGUUCACCCGUCUCCCCCGUCCUAGGCGCCUCGUAUGAGAGCUCUACCGGGCUCGACUCGGAUCAGAACUUUGACUCUGGCGACUUGCCACUUACUCCUCCUGAUUCAGGUGCUUCUGCGUUUGAGUUGCAUGCCGCACCCAGAGAUGCACAGUCCACGUCAAGGUCGGCACAAGAUGCCACCUCCUUGUUGCUUUCAACAGCACCAACGUCGACGGCCAUCCUGCAUGGAGGUGAUGAUGAAGCAAAGUCGCCACAAAAAGGCAGAAGCAAGAAUGAUAUCUUCAAAUCGCCCAUUGCUUGCAUCACACCGCCACCAGCUUCCCAUCCACCAGCACCGCCAUCGCGCAACUCGCUCUUCUUCUCUUCGUUUGGAAGCAGUUCGCCUACUCCUCCUUCUCCGCCACCUCCACGUAUCUCGUCUGUUCGAAGCACCAGUGCGAACUCCUCGCUACCGCCAACACCACACUUUGAACUCCUUCCAGCCGCUUUACCCCAGCCACCACCACCAGCGUCAGAUCGCAAAAAAGGUCACUCUCGAAACUCCUCCCUCGGACGCGCAAGCUCCGAAGAAUGCCUCGAAGAAGAGGCCAGAAUCCGCGCUACCAAACACGUCGAUUUCCGCUUGUGCCCAACUAACGAGUUCUUGCUAGGUGAAGGUCGACAUUGUUCAGUCUACCUAGGCAGCUAUCGGACUCGAGCUGAUGCAGUUGCAACCGGCACAACAAGCUCAUCUUUACCGGGGCAAUGGCAGUUGUGUGCGAUCAAGAGAUUGCAUGCGGAUCGACAGAGUCAGCUGCUGGGUCUGGAAGAAGCAUUCGCCCUGCGGAGGUUGGGCUUGCAUCCCAAUAUUAUUCAGUUGAUUGAUAUAAGGGAUGAGGUCGAGUUUGCUUCGCCCCAGCCAACGCCUCAACCCCGGGAGAGGCAGCUUGAAUCGAUAUCUUGCUCAGCAGGGUUGGGUCUCGGUUUAGGCCUGCCACGGAAUGAAGGUCCAAGUCCAUCCCCCGAUGCAUCCAGCCAUUCAAGAUCAACAAGCGACAUGACGGGUCGAGACGAGCUCCUUGAAGAAACCCAAUCUCACAAAAGAGCCCUAGCAUACGAGAAAAAGCACGAAGCUGCACUUACUCGUGGAAUCAUUCAUGAUCCACCACAAAGUCGUACCAGAAUGUCAUCUACAGCUGAACAAUCCCUUCCAACGCCAACAUUCCUGGAACCAGGUUUGGAUGGCGAUUCCGUAGGGUCUCCCACCCCAGAAUACAGCCUCGUCCCACGCACGCCCGGUCUCCCCCACGAUACCCCUCAACUCUUGAUUCUGUUGGAACUGCUACCGAACAACCUCGCUCUAUUCGCACGCAAGCACGCAGACCGUAUCGACCUUCAGCGGUGGUUCGAUUGGGCGCUGCAGAUGACCGAAGCGAUUCUCUUCCUCCACGAGAAAGGGUGUGUGCAUGCAGAUAUUAAGAAAGAAAACAUGCUUCUCACUGAAGACCUCGAUAUCAAACUCUGCGACUUUAACUCUGCUGUGUUUCCCAACCCCAACGACCCACCGCGGGAUGGAUUGGGUUUGGGGACGCCGGCGUAUUGCGCACCCGAGUUGAGUCGCGCUACUGGUGGACCGGGGGCUACGACUUUUUCGUACCCGAUCGAUAUUUUUUCAUUGGGUGUAGUGCUUUACUCUCUGGCGACGGGGUAUGAGCCGUUUAGUAAGGCUAGGAGCGUGGUGGAGAUGUUGCAUAGGAAAAGGCUGUUUUUUGAGAGUGAGGAGAAUGAUAGGGCGUCUAGGUUGGCGGUUGAAGCGGGAAGCAACCCGAACAGUGCCCCUGCUUCCCGUAGUGGUAGUUUGCGCGGGAGACACUCACACCCGCACCCCCAUCCCUCCACUGCUAACGAAGGCCAAGCUUCACCCACACAACUCGCUUCCUCACUAAACCGACUUGUCCAGCAAAAUCAGGGAACGGGAAGGAGGGAUGCAAGUAGCGACAGCUUGGAAAGUGUAGCUUCCAGUAUCACGACCAUCUCGGGAAGAAAGACUACUUCGAUGGCCGUAUCGCGAUUGCUAGAGCCCAGUGAUGCGAGAGGAUUGUUAAUAGACCCCAUCAUGGGACAAGGGGGAUAUGGGAAGCAGGGAGGAUUGUUAAGAGACUUGACGACAGCGAAGGUUGAUCUUAGGAGAGCUGCUUCUAUGGGCGGUAAGAAAGCCGUCGGCACUCGAACUGACGCGGUUGGCGGGACUUUGCGUAGUGCUCCACCUAUCGACGCGUCGCAUGAAUCAUCAACGAGUAAGGUGGCGAUGAAGGGCUCUCCGGCGGUAACUAGAGUAGCGAUUGAUUCUAGACCGGAUUGGUUACGUAGGCGAUCGUCCUACGGAGAUGAACUCACCUCCACCACCACCACCACCACCACUAUCUUCGACUACACCACGACCGAAGCGGACCCCAGCAGUACACCCUCAAAACCAAGUCGUUUACGUCCAAUGUUUUCCCCUGCAUCCACAACCUUGCCUCACUCCUCCAACUCUAGCUCCUCUACCGAAAGACGCGUAUCUCCACACCCAUCUCUUCCCUCCAACACGACCCAAGAAGGCAAGGCAUACGCAGAUGGCCAUCCACCAAUAAACCUUGCUGGUGGAGGAAGGUUACCUGAUUGGGCAAGAGAUCUGUUGCGGUCAAUGUUGCAAGCUUCUCCCUCUGCUAGACCGACAGCUGUGCAGGUUAGGGAAAGGAUGUUGGCUCAUUUGAACUGCAUUUGA